AUGGCUAUCUCUCCCUUCAACCAUGCCGUUCUUGCCCUGACUUGUACCUUCAUGGUGAUGAGCACGUUGAGCUUGAGCUUGAUGGGCCUGGCAAGGAAAGAUGCAACUGCGGCCUUCAACCGCAUCGCUGUGAUGGUUACUUCAUGUGCCUCCAUCGCCUACUUCCUGAUGAGCAUGGGGAUGGGCGUCCUGGAGGAUGAGAAUGGAAUGCGAGUGUACUGGGUUCGAUAUGUGGAUUGGUGCUUCACAACGCCGUUGAUGCUCCUUGAGCUGGGCGUCAUUGCUGGAGCGGACAGCUGGCAAACACUUCUGCUUAUU